UCCUUGGCGAGCCUUUCAAAAAUCUAAACUUGCUUCCAUCACCAAUCAAUUAUCUUUCUCUCUCACACAAUACACACACAAACAUAAACACGCAGCCAAGACGUGCAAAGUGAAAGAAAAGCCACCUUCUCCAGCCGCAAAGAAUCUUUAAACCCUCUCCCCAUCAGCCAUAUCCAUCAAAACCCUAAUUUUCUUUCAACAAGAAGAAGAAAGUAAUACCCCAAAACACACAUUUCUCCAUUCAUAAACUCUCUCUUUUUCUCCUUUUCUUUUCUAUCCAUAAAAAAAAACCUUUCUUUCUGUCCUACUCAUUCCUUUUCUCCUCACAAAUUUUAUCCAAAUCAAGAACCCUUUUUUCACAAUCAAUUUAUACCCUUCCCCCCAUCAAUAUCAAUUACUAAAACCAAACAUUUCUCAAACCCAGAUUCCCAUUAUGUUUCCAACCCAAUGCAUUAUCAUCAUCAUCAUCAUCACAAUCACAAUCCUCUUCCCAAUUCUUAUUCAAUCUUCUUCUUCAUUCAAUCUAUCUCUCCCUCACCAACACCCAUACCCAGAACAUGUAGUUCAAGAUCUUCAAAACAAACUAAACGCUUCAAUUUCAAGAAGACAAAUCAUAGAACAAUCCAAAAUCACCAAUACCAACAUUCCAGAUUGUCUAACAGGCAACCCAAUUGACGAUUGUUGGAGAUGCGACCCAAACUGGUCUCACAACCGUCAAAAUCUAGCCGAUUGCGGAAUCGGAUUCGGACAAUCAGCAAUGGGAGGUAAAAACGGUCGAAUCUACGUAGUAACAGAUUCCUCCGACAAAGAUGCCGCAAACCCAACUCCGGGAACACUCCGACAUGCCGUGAUUCAAGAAGAACCACUCUGGAUUAUCUUCUCUGCUAAUAUGUUAAUCAGAUUAAGACACGAACUGAUAAUUAACAGUUAUAAGACAAUUGAUGGUAGGGGGGCUGAGAUUGUGAUUACUGGAGGUGGGUGUUUGACGAUUCAGUAUGUGAAUCAUGUGAUUGUUCAUGGGAUUGAAAUUAGGAAUUGUGUUCCGACUGGGAAUACGGAUAUUCGAUCGAGUCCGAGUCAUGUUGGACAUAGAGGGAGAUCGGAUGGAGAUGGGAUAUCGAUAUUUUCAUCGAGGAAUAUUUGGAUUGAUCAUUGUAGCUUGUCUCGUUGUACUGAUGGGUUAAUCGAUGCGAUUAUGGGGUCGACUGCGAUUACGAUUUCGAAUUGCUAUUUUUCGAAUCAUGAUGAAGUUAUGUUGUUGGGUCAUGAUGAUCGUUACUUUCCAGACUCAGGAAUGCAGGUGACAAUAGCAUUCAAUCACUUUGGGAAGGGAUUAGUGCAAAGGAUGCCGAGAUGUCGAUUCGGAUAUAUUCAUGUAGUCAACAAUGAUUUUACGGAGUGGCAAAUGUACGCCAUCGGCGGGAGUGCUUCACCGACAAUCAAUAGUCAAGGCAAUCGUUACAUGGCCCCAACAGAUCCUAAUGCGAAGGAGGUGACGAGACGAUUAGAUGCGGAUGAAGGAAAAUGGUCGAAUUGGAAUUGGAGGACCGAUGGGGACAUUUUAGUAAACGGGGCAUAUUUUGUUCCUUCGGGACAAGAGUUUAGCACGCAAUAUGCUAAAGCCUCUAGUUUGGAUCCAAAAUCGGUUACUUUUAUCGACCGACUUACCUCAGGCGCAGGUGUCUUCGGCGGAACCAGGGACACAAGUGCGAGCCAAACAUACCCUUCAUACACGGGUAGUGGGAUAGAUAGCAGCCCGAAAAGUCAUAGUAACAAUAAUAAUGGUAAUGACCAAGGUGAUUUUUUUAGCUUGGUAUUCGGGAACGGAGGAUCGUCGAAAACUCCGACAAAAUUCAUCACCAUUGUCUUCUCCGUCGUAAUUUGUUUUAGUUUGGAAAUUACAACGGGUGGAUUGUUAAAAUGGAUAUUGUUAUAAGAAAGAAACUAAACGAGUUGAAUAUUUAUCCUAAUUAUUAUAAAAUAUCAUUUAUUCAUGCAA